AUGUCGAAGCGCGCCCUUUGCACGCUGUUGGUUUCCGGCCUCGGAUUUGCUUCGGCCUUCUCCCCAGGUUCGGUCUGUGCUGGGCAUGUUCUUGUCACAAGCUCGGCCAAGGCCCUCGCUGAAGUGCAGACAUGUUCUUGCGAGAUCGCGUACACGGAGCACUCGCUCAAAGAGAAGGUCUGCGAACUCGGGUACGUGUGCUGCGGCGACAGCUACGAGGUGGACGUUUCGUACAGCACCGCGAUCGAAGUCGUCGCGAUCGAGAAGUCGAUCGACUCGGAUUAUGUUCCUCAGGACGUCAUGGACGCGGCGACGGCAUUUGUUGUCACCACUCUCGCCAUACUGAGUGCAACAUCCGCGACAGCAAGGGUCGUAAUGUGUCUCAAGGCCAACGUGUAUGCCGUGUUUAGCGUGGUCGUGAUGUUCUUCAGCCUCGUGACAUCGUGGACGAUCGCCCUGGUCCUCCUCGGAAUCAGCUUGUGGAAGGGUCUGCCGCCCUCCGCCGCCGCGGUGGAGGCGCAACCGCAGCCGCAGCAGCCGCAGCAGCCGAUCGCGGCAACGCCCGCCGCCGCAGCAGCGCUCGAGGAGACUUCGGCGACCGAGCGCAGCGCGUUGAGCCAGCCACUCGGGUUUGGAGGCGCUUUGUACCCUGCGCCUGCGGAGGAUGUACGUAGGCAGUCCGUCAUUCCUGCCGAGCUGACGAUGCACCCCGUCGACCGGUUCGUCAUGGAGGUGCAUCGCGUGCUCGGCUGCAAGCUGUGA